AUGAACAAGAUAAAAAUAAGAAAAUUUGAGGAUCCACAUGUUUGGAUAUAUGAAAAUGUAUUAUUAAAUAAAACAUUGAAAUUAAAAGAAAUCGAAAAAAAGAAAGAUAAUAAAAAUGUUCCAAAUGCAUUAUUGCAUGAAGAAGCUUGUAAGAAAUUAAAAGGCAUAUUAAAAGAAUGUAAAAAAUAUGACAAAGAAUUACAAGAAAUUAAGAAUAAAAAAGAAUCCUUUAUAUUAAAGAAUACUUUACAUCCAAAUAAAAAAAUUAAUUUAAAAUUUUUAUUGAAUGAUAAUCAAUUUAAAGUAAAAAAUGAGGAAGAGAGGAAAAAUUUUAAAUUAAUUUUUAACGAAAAUAAAAAUAUCUAUAUUAAGAAUAAUCAAAAAGUAUAUAAUAAUAUAAUAAAUAUAAAAAGGAACAGUCAAAUAACCUCUACCAAUAAUAUGAACAAUAAUAAUAAUAAUGUAAACAUCAAUAAUGAUAAUAUACAACCUACGAAUAAUUUAUUAAAUAAUAUUAAAAAAAUACAGAAGGAAAAAAUUUCCAAAUUAUAUUCAGUUUUUAAUAAUCACGUAAAUUAUUAUGAUAAUUAUUUAAAAGAAAAAUAUAUGAAGGAGGAAUAUUUAUCAAAUGUAAAAUAUGAAUAUGUAUCUCCGCAUCGUCAUAAUUACAAUGAUCAUGAUAUAAAACCUGAUGUUAUUUAUAAGGAGGAUUCCAAUGUGUCUAACACAACCCACAAUAAUCAUAACAAUAAUAAUAAUAAUAAUAAUAAUAGUAAAAAUAAAAAUAAUUUUAGUAGUAGUAUUUCUUCUUCUGAUCUUUUGUAUCAUACAAAUCUUGGUAAAAAUAAUUCAGUGUCGGGUACAAAUUUAAAGUUAAAUGUACACACUAAUAAUAUACACAUUUUAGAUAAUAAACAAUGUUAUGAUACGCUUCAUCAUAAUAAUGCUUAUUCACAUGAUAUAUAUGGUAAUCAGGAAAAUGUAAAUACUCCAAAAGAUAAAUAUAUAACAAAGAUCAAUAAUAAAAAUGUUGAGGACAUGAAGAAUGUGACAAAUAACAUUAUAUUCAACAAAUUAAACAUAAACAAUGAAAAUACCCAAAAAAUUUUUUUAUACAAUAGGAACGACAAAGAACAUGAAUCUAUAAAGAAUGAUAAAAACAAUUCUAAGGAUUAUCCUUUUGAUUAUAAGAAAGAAACAUCCUAUUUGACGACGGAAGAAAAUUGUAAUCAUAUAGAUAUUUAUGAUGAUAACAAAAUGUGUGAUGAUAAUAUAUAUGUGAAAAGAAAUGUCUACCAUAAUAAGAAUAAUAGUGUGAAAGACCUUUUUGUAAAAAGUUUCAAUAUUUUAAAUACAAUAAACCAAACCUCCUUGUACGACAAACAAAAUGAUGAUGUAUCAAACGAGGAUGCAAACAGAAAUGUUUUGAAUGGUAGUGUUUUAUCCAUAUUAAAUGAAUUAAGGGAAAAUAAGGUAAAAGAAAAAAAUAAAAUUGGAGAAUAUAAGAAGGAUAAUACAUUACACAAGGAUGAUGAAAAGGUUUCUGUGAGUAGGAUUCAUACAUAUGAGAUGAAACAAAAAGAAGUGACCAAUGUUAAUAAAAAUGAAUCCUUCUAUUCAUAUGGUAUAAAUAAUAAUAAUAAUAAUUAUUAUUAUAAUUAUAAUAAUUGUAAUAAUUUGAAGGAGAGCGUGGUUCCUCAUAAAAAAAAAGAGAACCAUAAAAAUAAGCACAUUAAACAGUAUGAAUAUUUAGAUAGUAAUAAUAUAACAAUAAAUUCUUUAAGUAACCAUUUAGAUGUAGAUGAUGAAAAAAUAAUCAAUGUAUGUAAAUAUAUAUUAGAUAAUGAUUAUAUAUAUAAAUAUACAAAAAUUGAGAAAGAAGUAGCUGAAUUAAUAUGUGAAGAAUUAAAUGUCUCAGAGAAAUUAAAAUUUAGUUGUAUCAAUUUAAAAAAAAGGAAUCCCAUAGUUACUAUAUUAGGUCAUGUAGAUCAUGGUAAGACAACUUUAUUGGAUCGAUUAAGACAUUCUAACAUAGCGGACAAUGAGAUAGGAGGUAUUACUCAAAAGCUGGGAGCAUUUGAAGUAGUAUGUAGAGAUGAUGAGAUGAAAGAAAAUAAAAAUGUAAAGGAAUAUAUUAAUGAUAAUAAAAAGGAAGAACAUAAUCAUUAUAAUAAAAAGGAAGAACAUAAUAAUUAUAAUAAAAAGGAAGAACAUAAUAAUUAUAAUAAAAAGGACGAACAUAACAAUUAUAAUAAAAAGGAAGAACAUAAUAUUUAUUGUGAUAAUUCUUCUAAUUAUCAUAAUAGAAAGAUUACCUUUUUCGAUACGCCAGGACAUUCCGUAUUCAGAACUAUAAGGAAACGAUGUGUACAAUGUAGUGAUUUGAUCGUAUUAGUAAUUUCCUUAGAUGACGGAAUUAUGAGUGAAACCAUUGAAUGUAUUGAACUAGCCAAAACGUACAAUACACCACUUAUUAUAGCUGCAAAUAAAAUUGAUAAAUUUCAUAAAAAUAUUGAAGAGCUUUCAAAAAGUUUAUUAAAUUAUAAUAUCGUUACUAAUUUAGAAAAUGGGGAUGUUCCCAUGGUUCCAAUAUCUGCCAAAAAAAAUAUAAAUAUUGAUAUUUUAAAAAAGCAAAUUUUACAUGUUAGUAAUAAAUUAAAUUUAAUGUGUGAUUAUGGAUCUUUAUGUUCAGCUUAUAUAUUAGAAAAAAAAGUGGACCCUUCUAAAGGGAAAUUAUUAACUGUUAUAUGUAAAUCUGGAACAUUAAAAGUUAAUACAUAUUUUAUAAUUGGACAUAUAUAUGGAAAGAUCAAAAGAAUAUAUAAUAGUAAUAAUGAAAUAGUAUCACAAGCAUAUCCUUCAGAAGUUGUACAAAUCAUAAGUUCAAUUCCUUUAUCAUAUGAUAAUAUAAAUUAUGGUGAUAUUAUGUUAGAAAUGAAUACUUUGAAAUCUGCUCAAAAAGUAUCUAAAUAUAAGUUAAAAUUAGUUCAAUAUAAUUUAAUAAAUGAUCAUUAUAAUAUGAACAAUACUUUAGGUGAAAUAUCUAGAAAUAUCGAAACAAAUAAAAAUAAUGAUAUUCAUAAUAAUGAUAAUAAUUUAGAUGAUAACAUUAUCGAUGAAUUACAUAAUGAUAUAUCUAUAUAUGAUGGUAAUAAAAAAAAAAAAAAUUCUAACAAAUUGGAUAUUAAUAAAAAAUAUAACAAUAAUAAUAAAAAAUAUAACAAUAAUAAUAAUAAUAAUAAUAUAUAUAAUAAUAAUAUAUAUAAUAAUAAUAAUAUAUAUAAUAUAUAUAAUAAUAAUAAUAAUAAAUAUUACAAUAAUCAUAGUAACGAUUUAAGGAAUCCAUUAAAUAAGUUCAAUAGCAAGAAUAAUAAUUUGAGUGGUUCUAAUUUUAAUUUAAAUUCUUUCAAGUUACCGCAAAUACCUUUAAUUUUAAAAACAUGCGAUGAAGGUAGUUUAGAAGGUAUAAUGGAAGGAAUAGAACAUUUUAACAAAAAUGAGACUAAAGAAAAAUAUUGUAAUAUACAUAAUUUUAUAGAUAGGAAUUAUAUAAAUAAGAAUAUGUUAAAUGAUGAUAUAAAUAAUAUAUCUAAAGAAUUAUUUUCAAAUUGGUGUCCUUUAAAAAUUAUAAAUAAAGGAUUAGGUACAUUUCAUAGUACAGAUUUAAAAUAUUGUGAACAUAUAAAUCCAUGCUUUCUUAUUUCAUUUAAUGUUGAUAUUGAUUUUAAAUUAUUACAACCAUAUAUAGAAAAUCAUAAUAUUAUUUUAAGAAAUCAUAAUAUUAUAUAUGAAUUAUUUAAUGAUAUAGAAAAUAUGUGUAACUUUUAUUUUGAUUCUUUACAUGUCUAUGAACCAGUCGCAAAAAUGAUUAUAAAUAAAACUGGGUAUUAUUCUAUUAAAAAAAAUAAAACAAAAAAAGUUGUUAUAUCCGUUGAUAUAAAAGAAGGAUCAUUUACAUCCAAUGAAUAUUUUACACUUAAAAGAAAUAAACAAAUUAUUCAUAAUAAAAUACAUAUACUUUCUAUGCAAAAAAAUAAACAAAAUACAAACGAGCUAAACAAAUCAUGUAAUAUUAACGCCAUCAUAUUUAAUAUUAAUUCUGAUGAUUUUGAGGUAGGCGAUGAAAUUGUGGCUUACAAAAAGGUUGUAAGGUCCCCCCUCUUUAACACAAUAAAAUCAUUUGACCUUUCAUAA